GAGCCGCGACGGGACGCGCCAUGAGCUGCUGAGCCCCCCCCGCCCCGAGUCCCCCGAGCCGAGCCCCGCGGCAGCGCCCAGCAUGGCCCCCUGGCUCUGGCCCUGCCUGCUGGCCGCCCAGGCCCUGGCCGCCAACUUCCCCCCCAGGUACAGCCUCUACACCGGGGGGGCCGCCCCGCUCGGCACCGGACAGGCCGCGUCCCCCCAGGGCCCCAGCGUUCCCCACGGCGCUGCCCGGGCCGCCAGCCGGCACAGGAACUGGUGUCCCUACGUGGUGACACGCAGUGUGAGCUGUGUGGUGGAGGAUGGCGUCGAGAGCUUCAUCAAGCCGGAUUACCAGCCCUGUGCCUGGGGGCAGCUUCAGUGCCCCCGCGUCCUGGCGUACCGCAGCUUCCUGCGGCCCCGGUACAAGGUGUCCCAGCGCACGGUGUCAGAGCUGGCCUGGCGCUGCUGCCCGGGGUACUCGGGACAGGACUGCACCGAGGGGCCGGCACCGGCCUCCCCCCUGCCCACCGGCCACCCGCGGCCCCGGCCCGGCCGCCCCACGCUCUCCGGCUUCGGCAACCCCCUCAGCGGCCUGGGGGGCGAAGGUGGGGGGGACGCGGAGAAGCUGCGGCGACUGGAGGAGCAGGUUCGGCGGCUGAGCGAGGAGGUGGAGGAGCUGCGGGCCGGGCGGGAGCCCCCGCCCCAGGCGCCGGACGGUGGCACCGAACAAGUGACGGAGGCCACCGAGGUGCUGAGCCACGUCCAGCGGCGGCUGGAGGAACUGGAGAACCGGCUGCCGGGACGGGACGGACAAGGGGCAGCCUCCACGCCGGAGCUGGAGCGGCUGCAGGAGGCCUGUGCGGUCUGCGUGACCGGCACCGAGGGGCUGCGGAGACAGGCGGCACAGGACCGGGAGCGCAUGCGGGCGCUGGAGAACCUGGUGGGCUCGGUGGACCAGCGCAACCGGGAGGCGGUGGAGACGGUGCAGCGGCACAUCAGCAGCUUGAGCAGCCGCCUGGCCCCCGGUGCCGGUGCCGUGCCGGACGAGCUGCUCCGGCGCCUGGCCGAGCUGGAGCGGCGGCUGGAAGGGUUUCCCGCGGCGGCGGGCCCGGGGCCGGUGUUGGCCCGGCGGCUGGCCGAGCUGGAGGGGCGGCUGAACGCCUCGCGGGCCGGGCCCUGGCCCUCCGAGCCCGAGGGGCGGCCAGGGGGGCUGCCGGGGCGCCUGGACAACCUGAGCCGGGCGGUGGAGGGGCUGGUGGCCAUCGGGGACCAGCGCGGCGCCCGCCUGGCCGAGCUGGAGGAGCUGGUGUCCCGCUGUGGCCAGCCCUGCGCCUCAGCCCCUCGGGACGGGCAGGAGGGGCCGGGGGUGCAGCUCGGCCCCCUCCUCCGGCAGCUGGAGCGGCGGCUGCAGGACACCGAGGGGCAGCUGCGGGCACUGGGGGCCGGCGAAGAGGGGCCGGCUGGGACCCUGGGGGGGCUGCGGGGCUUGCUAGGGGCUCAUGGGGAGGCUCUGGGGAGGCUGGAGGGGCGGCUGAGCCGGCUGGAGGCCAGAGGAGCUCUGGCAGAGGAGAUGGAGCAGCUCCGCAACCGCACGGGGCGGCUGGAGGCUGAGCUGAGGGGUCUGGGCGGCCGUCCCUGCCCCUGUGCCACCGUGUCCCCCUCGGAGCUGGAGCGGCUGCGGGCAGAGGUGGGGGUGUGCACGGCCGCCUGCCGCCCUCCGGAACCGGGGCCGGAGCCAGAGCCAGAGACGGAGCUGGAGCCGGAGCCGCCGCUAGAGGGGUUUGGGGUGUUCGGGGGCAGCUGGCCCUGGGAGUUGCGGGAUCUGCGGGGCGAGGUGGCGUCCGCCCUGGUAUCGCUGGGGAGUCUGAACGCCACGGUGCAAGGGCUGCAGGAGGAGGUGGAGGAGCAGGGGGCCCGGCAGCGCCAGCUGGACGCCAUCACCCACCGCAUCGUGGCCGAGCUGGACACAGCGGCGGAGCGGGAGGCAGAGCAGGAGGCAGAGGCCCAGGAGCGGCUGGAGGGGCUGGCGCGGGAGCUGCGGGCGGGGGGCUGCCCGGCGGGGCUGGAGCCGCGGGUGGCGGCCCUGGAGGGGGUCUGCCGGCAGCUGGAGGCUGUGGCUGGGGGGCUGCGGGGGGUCCGCGAGGGGCUGGGCCGGCACGUGGCCGGGCUGUGGGACGCCGUGCGGGAGCUGAACUCGACGACCACCGAGAGCGCUGCCCGCCUGGGGAAGGUGCUGGACGGGCAGCGGGGGCUCCGCGCCAUCAACGCCAGCCUGCAGGAGCUGCGGGGGGAGCUGCGCCACGGGGGACAGCGGGGGGACCCUGGCCCCCCUGGCCCUGCUGGCCCCAGAGGUGAGACAGGUCCCCCCGGCCCCUCUGGGCCCCCCGGCAAGGACGGAGAACAAGGCCCCAUGGGCCCCCCUGGGCUGCCAGGAGAGAGAGGCCUGCGGGGGGAGGCGGGCUCUGUGCCCCGUGUCGCCUUCUCGGCUGCCCUGAGCUCACAACGCGUGGAACCAGGGACAGUCCCCUUCGACCAGGUCCUGCUCAACGACGGGGGAGCCUAUGACCCUGAGACGGGUACGUUCACGGCGCCGGUGUCCGGACGGUACCUGGUGAGCGCGGUGCUGACUGGGCACCGGGCCGGGCCGCUGGAGGCGGUGUUGGCCCGCUCGGGCCAGGGCAUUGCCCGCCUGGACUCGGCCGGGUUCCAGCCCGAGGGACUGGAGAAGGAGCCGGGAGCCGCACUGCCCCCCGCCCCCGGCGCCCUGGGUGUCUUCACCCUCCUGCUGCCGCUGGCGGCCGGCGAGACCCUCUGCGUGGACCUGGUGUCGGGGCGCCUGGCGCACGCCCCGGAUGAGCCCCUCACCCUCUUCAGCGGGGCCCUGCUCUAUGAGGACCCCUAGAGCCCCCCCAGACCCCCAGGGGUCCACACACCCCGCCGGGACCCUCACCCCGUUAUUUAUCAGCACCCCCACCCCUUACUUUCCUGUCACCACACGUCCCUCCCAACACUGCCACCCCCACUCUGCCCCCCACCCCCUUCUCAGACACCUUCUCCCCCAAAUAAAGA